CGGAGGUGUCAUGGUGCUGCUCCUCCCAGCCUAUGCAGACAGCGAAGACAAGCACGACGCCUCUGAGGCAAUUAGCACUGCAUUCGACUACCACAUGCUCGUCACACGCAACAAUAUACGGAAAAUGCAUACUUGCUGCUUAUACAGAUGUUCGCAAAGAUUCGUGCAAACAGGAAUUUGAAAAGUUCGGGCAGUGUUUGCGUGAAGCUGUAUGUCUUCUCGUGGUGAUAAAGAAAGUAUCUCCUGACCCUGUUUAUUUCUUAAGAUGAAACGCAAAUGGUGAUGCCUAGUUAAAUACAUGCGAAGAUGAGACGUCCGGGAGA